AUGGCCUCCGCACCCGGAUCGUCCGUGAUACCAGAAGCAGACCUUCGGUCCUUUCGCGAGCACCUUAAGCACAGCAAGCGUAUCGUGGCCGUUGUCGGUGCGGGGCUCUCUGCCGCUUCGGGUUUACCAACCUUCAGAGGCGUUGGGGGCCUAUGGCGACGCUACUCUGCAAUUGAUCUUGCAACGCCAGAAGCAUUCAACGCAACACCAGGUUUAGUUUGGCAGUUCUAUGGUUACCGGAGGCAUAUGGCAUUGUUGGCCAAACCGAAUAGAGCGCAUUAUGCCCUUGCGGCGUUGGCGAGGAAAAAGCCUGAUUUCAUCACGUUAACUCAGAAUGUGGAUGGCCUCUCUGAGAGAGCUGGUCAUCCCGAGCCGCAACUCCAGCGUCUCCAUGGCUCGUUAUAUACCAUCAAGUGCGCCAACGAAUAUUGUACGUAUUCCCGCGAUAACGACUUUACCGAUCCGGUUGUCCCCGCUCUUGAUAUUCCAAAAGCUGCCCCUGGCGUUAGUCCCCACCCGAAAGACCAUACGGGCGAAGCUGCAGGACAAGCAUUAGAAGAUGCAAUGAAGGUCGGACCGGGUUGGGAGGCCAGCAGUGGAGAGUUGGACAUUUCAAAUCCCGAUGUUCCCAUUCCGGAGCUAACCUCGGACCUUCUACCACCGUGUCCAGAAUGUGCAACCGGCUUGCUUCGACCUGGUGUCGUCUGGUUUGGUGAACCUCUCGCCGAGGCCACUCUCGAUUUCGCGGACAAGUGGAUCAAGGAGGCCCCGGUUGAUCUAGUAAUGGUUAUUGGAACGAGUGCGCGGGUGAGCCCUGCAGCUUGUUAUAUUGAUGACGGAAGAGAGCAAGGUGCACGAGUUGCGGUAAUAAAUAUGGACCGAACCCAUUUGCCUCGAACCGGAAUGAAGGCGGGAGAUUGGGUUUUCGAAGGUGAUGCGAGUGUCAUCCUGCCAAAACUCUUCGAAGAGAUUGUAGGCGAGAUUGAAUUGCCGAAGACCUAG